AUGUCGAGUCCAAGGGCUGUCCAUACAACAAGAGCACCGGCACCUCCUGCCUUUCUGUCUCAAGCAAUUCGCUUUGGCAGUAUCAUAUUUUGCUCAGGUCAAAUAGGCUGCGACCCUGAAACAGGGCGUCUGAUAGAAGGGACAAUUCAGGAACGAACUAAGCAGAUAUUGUCAAACAUCAGUUCGAUUCUCCUAGCUGGAGGGUCAGGCUUGGACAAUAUUGUGAAGUGCAACAUCUACCUCACAGAUAUGGGGGACUUCGGGCCUAUGAAUGAAGUAUAUACAACCUUCUUUUCAGAUCCAAUGCCGGCCCGGACCUGUGUCUGUGUCAAAGAGCUGCCUCUAGGGACCGAUGUCGAGAUUGAGUGCAUCGCAGCUGUCAAGGGUGACCAGAAGGAAGAUCUCGUAAUGUCUGCACUCCUAUAA